GUUGGUUUCCAGCUCGGGAUCAGCCCGCUGUUACUCAUGUAGAGUCCCGGGAAGUUACCUACGCGUCGAAAACCCCCGUUUUUAAUUUCACUUUUCUUGCUGCUUUUCAUCACUGUUCAGCCUCAGACAACUCAGCGGCACUAUGUCUUUCGUCCCCGGUCAGCCGGUCACCGCCGUGGUGCAACGAAUUGAGAUCCAGAAGUUGCGGCAAGGGAAUAAUCUGAUUCUGGGCUUCAGCAUCGGAGGAGGGAUAGACCAGGACCCAGGGCAGAACCCCUUCUCUGAGGACAAGACCGAUAAAGGCAUCUAUGUGACCAGGAUAACAUCAGGAGGACCAGCAGACGUAGCAGGAUUGAUGAUGGGAGACAAAAUAAUGCAGGUGAACGGCUGGGACAUGACCAUGGUGACUCACGACAAGGCUCGUAAAAGACUGACGAAGAAGAACGAAGACGUGGUGCGACUACUGGUGACCAGGAAAUCGCUGGAGGAAGCUGUCAAACAUUCUAUGGGUGGUUACCCCAGACCAUAAUGUAGCGACACUACUUACAAGCACAGAAUAAUGCAAUAGUCAAGGACUGAACACUCUCAUGUGCAGAGACUCCCCAACAUCCAUGUGAUGGUUGCACCGCGGCCUUUAUGACUAUAUCAAUGCAAACAAACAGGAAAAAGACGCAUUAGAUCAUCUCGGUGACGCAUCAGACGUCACAGUUUAAAUGUGUCGGUUUUCACACUUUCUGACUCCUCGUCUGCUUUCCUUUUCAGAUUUAUUCGUAGCACAUCAAGUAUAGCUGAGUCUAAAACUCCAGCAUGGAAAUAUAAUAAAUACGCUCAAUACAAUUACUAAAUCCAUUAUUGCUUGUUGAAUUUCAAAACCACCAGACUGAAAUGAGUUUCUGAGAUAUUGAUUCAUUCCCGCUGAGAAGAUAUUUGUCAAAUAUCCUCUUUUUCCUAUUUGCCUUCAGCUGACCAAAGUUAAACGUCCUCCUCUGUUUAGUGAAUCCUCAAUGAUGCGCUUUUCCUCUCAUUUAAAGAAAAGAACCAACAGUUUGCGAUCACAGCUGCAGCAUUUAAUGCCAAAGUUAGAGCUAAGGCGCUGUCAUGCAUUCACUAUAUGCAUUGCAGUGUUUCUAAUCAUUUUCUUUAGGUUUUUUUUAAAUAAUGGUACAGUAUACUGUAUGAAAUCUGUUAAAAUAUAACAAUAUGCACAGGUUUUUUAUGUCUUUUCACUAAUUUUACUGAUGCAUCUUUCGGUUCUAUUUAUCUUGCUUUUGGUUAAUGAGUGGGACAGUUAACAUCUUCUCUCUGUAUCUACUACAGUAACAUGUGCAGAUUUUCUUCCAUGUUACAGAACAAUAUUUCAGAUGCUGGACCUCAGCUUCAGUAAGAGAAAGGUAGUAAAUUGUCUGUUUAAUGAAAUGUUUUGAUGUUUCUUAUCGCUGACCAAAAGCUGAAACUGUAACUCUGAACCAGGCAUGACUGAAUGUUGUUUGAUAACUUGGAAUGAGCACAGCAGCCUUAAACGAACACUUAAUACCGCCAAGCUUAAUGAUUUCUCUCUGUUUUCCAUUUCAGCAACACAACAGUUUACUGCCUCUGUGAUACAGUGUGUACUGAACUUAUUUAACACUAUUUUGGCGUAGAAAUCUUAAUGCAUUUACACUAAUAUGAUAAUCUGUGGGUAUUUGAUUCGUACAAUACUAACAGCUUUAUGCAAUAAUCAAGUUUGUAAGUUGUCAGUUUUCAUUCCAAAAUAAAAGACCCAAAAUCCAAAAACACUAAAACUGAUAUGAUGGUAAAUGACUGCUUGAGGUGUUUCACACUUUAUUCAAACCCAUGAAAAUAUAAAAGUCAGUUUCAGGCUUUUACGGAUUUUGUAGUUAAACCUUUUGAUGUUCUACAGCACUGGUUCCCGACUUUGUUUUUCACUUUUGAGCCCAUACAGUGGAAUCAUAUCUACUUGCAGCAAAUCACCACAGAUUCCAAACUUAAUUUUGAACAAUAUAUCAAGUAGUGUUUUUUUUUAACUUAUCAAGUCAUUUAAAGGUUUUACAGGCUUAACAAACUUCCUCCAUCAUAAUGGGACUCCAGAGGGACACUGGGAACAGCAGACGUUUCGAAAACAAGCAGUAUUUUCUCUUUGAAUUGUUUGUGUUUUCCUCCAGAUUUUGUAAACUGCCAGCUGAGCAUGAAAGGUUUGCAUUUGAUUGUAUACAGUUUUCAAUUGGAAUGUUUCUCAGAUAUAAAAAUGACUGAAAUCAAAA